AACGUGCAAGAAAAGUGUCAACCUCAGGAACCUCCAAACAUCAGCAAACCCGCUGAUUACCAAGUAGAAACAGCAGAGGGCGCAUUGUUGUGAGCAGCAGGAGAGAGGAGUGUCUACAACAGGAAACUCAGCCCUCGAAAAGUUUUACUGGUCUAACUGGCUGAGCAUGGCUUCAGUGAAUUAUUUACCUUAUCCACAGGAUGGACGCUUCUGGGAUGACGAAGGAGUGGCAGUAAAUUUAACAGAACAGCUGCUCCAGAUGACCAGAUCUCUGCGGAUUUGUGCUCUUCUGUGCUGUGGAGAAAUGCUGUCAAAGUGAAACACCCAGAAAGACGAGAACAACUUCCUAAAAUGUGAUGGAUCCCUUUGAAAGGGGAAAUGGAAAAAUCCAGAGUCAAGAUGCCGAAGACUACGACGUCCCCUUGCCUCUCACUGAGGAUCCACUUGGAAAGCAUGUUUAUGAGGACGUUGUUUUGCCAGAAGUUGAUGAAACCCAUUUGCAUGAACGCAGCCCAGCUGAAUUCCAGCCCAAACCUCCACCUCAUCUCAUGGGGGACACAGGAGGAAAUCUGUGUAACACAGACCAAAAAGGCAAGAAAGAGCCUCCACCAGUCCCACUCCGGCCCCCUACUCUCAGAACCAGACUUCCCAGUGAGUGCCAGGCAGGAAGACAAGUCCCAGCUCCUCCUCCUGUGCCCCCCAGGUCACGAUUUCUCUUCAGUAACUCUAACAAGCAGUUUUCUUUUGACCUCACUGAGCCUGCUCACAAACUUCACCGCUCCAAGACAGAAAUAGACGAUGACCCAUGGGCCAUAAACCUCAUAGACACUCCAGAAGGCAGCACCAGGAGUCUGGCUUCCUUUUGCGCUGCAACUUCUAAGCUAAUGUCACGUUACAAGUACACAGAUAGUGUUCAUAACUCAGGUGUGGUAUGGGCUCGAGUGUCACACAUCCACCCUGCUCUGCUGCAGCAUGUAGAGGUAAAUGUCAGUGUGGCCAGAGACUGGGACCACCACAAGCUGCCCUUCCCCACCCCAGUGAAUAGGACAGUGAGGAGUCUGAUUGAUGAAAUCUUCCUGCUGCUGGAUCUCACCCCUAACACAAUCGAGAAUUAUGUUUUAAAACUAUGUGACUCUGACCAGUAUCUCCAAAAUGAGGAACUGCUUGGCAUGCAUGAGGUAAUUCAGAUGUCCUGCAAGCUGAAACUAGAAGUCCCCCUCCGGCUGCUUCAUUUGAACAACCUCAAGCACUGUCUGCCCAGGGAUGAGGAUGAUGACAGGACAUCAUGUCAGCUGUACCUGCUCCUGCAGCCCGUCUGUGUGCACAACGCCUGCAAGCUGAGCCUUCAAGAUGUUCUCAACAGCUACAAAAGAGAGGUGGCAGAGCUAAUGAGGAGUAAGUCUGGAAUGAAUGCUAACGUGCUCGUUGGCUGUGUUCGCACCAUCAGCAAUCUUCUGUGUGGGAUUUCGUGCCCGGAGUUGGAGGAUGCAAUCGGGGCUCUCAACAGAGUUAAACCCAUGCUGCUGAGUCAUGAUGAGAUGACAGACUGUGAGAUAGCUAUGGUCAUGCUCCACCAGUCGCUGUUAAAAGUCCUUCAAAUCUUUUUUGACAACUUCCACACAGACUUCAGAUGUCUGAGAGGAAACUGCAACCCAAAAACCCUCGACGUUGAGUACAACACUGAAAUCUUCCAAUUCAGCAUUGCUGCCCUCUACCAACUGCAGUUCGCUUGGAUGACAAAUUUCGAGUGUUUCUCUGUUUCCUGUGAGCUGACAUACGGAGGAACAAAGAUCUGUGACACUGGCAUUUCUGAAAACAUCAGCACCGCCCUUUCGUAUGGAAACAAGAUCAAGUGUAACCGCAUGAUGGUGUUUCCAGUUCCUGUCAUUCAGCUGCCAUACGAGAGCAUGUUAACAUUUCGACUAAAGGGCUCCAAGCGAGGGAAAACCCCCGAGCUUCUAGGCUGGGCUGUACUACCUCUUUACAGGAACAGGUCUCUGGUCACAGGAACCGUUCUGCUCAGUAUGUCCUGUUUGGCUGAGCUUCCUUCUCUUCCGUCUCCUGCUCUGUUUGACAGCCACAGACAAGCAGCUGGGGUCAUACUGCAGCUCGAGUUUCAGAACGAGCAGGAGUGGAAAUAUCAGAGGCCAAUUGCACUACCAGGGUCAGCCAUUUUUACUCAGCCUUGUGAGGACUUGCAUAAGAAAAUGCUGGAUGUCUCAAAGAAGCAUUGUCUCUGUUUUCUGACACAAAAUGAGAAGGCCUUCCUCUGGACAAAGCGCUAUUGUAGUGAUAAAUCCAGUACUUUCCUCCACCUGCUGCUUGGUGGAGCUCCCAGAUGGCAACCUGAAGACUUGACAGAAAUCUACACUAUUGUAGAAAACUGGCCCAUUCAUCAACCUGAGGAGGCCCUCUUCCUGCUCAGUGACAGUUUUCAUGAUCAGACUGUGAGGAGAGCUGCAGUCCAGUUCUUUGAACAAAUACCUGAUGUGGAGCUGGAAGUAUUUCUGCCUCAGUUAGUCCAGGCUCUUAAGAGUGAGUGGGAGCUGGAUGGACCUUUGGUGAUGAUGCUGUUGGAGAGAUCGCUGAAGAGCAUACGAAUUGCCCAGCAGUUCUACUGGCUGCUAGAGGACGCCCACAUUGAUCCAUACUAUCAGAGUUGGUUUACUAAGGUUCAGGCAGCCCUGCAGCACUGCUGUGGUCGGACACUAAGGCAGGAGCUGGAGCAGGAAACCCGCCUUGUGUCUGUCCUCAUGCAGGUGGCUGAGAAGGUUCGUACUGCUGACAAGGCUCGACGCAAGAAUGUUCUGAUGAAAGAAAAGUUGAAGAUCAACGAGUUCUUCAAAGAUGGGACCAGCUGUCGUUUGCCUCUUGAUCCUGCAGUACAUAUAAAGGCCUUGGACGUGGAUGCCUGUAAGUUUUACAACUCUAAUGCUGCUCCUCUGGGGAUCUCAUUCAUCUGCUCUGACCCGCUGGCCAAGAACAUCAGCGUCAUCUGCAAGACAGGAGAUAACCUGCAACAGGACAUGCUGGUUCUUCAGAUAGUGCGUGUGAUGGAUAGGAUUUGGCUCCAGGACGGGCUCGACAUGCAGAUGAUCACCUACAGGUGUCUUUCUACAGGAAAAGAUCAGGGCUUGGUUGAAGUGGUUCCAGAAGCAGUGACUCUGGGGAAGAUUCACCAAGAGUGGGGUCUGGGUGGCACCCUUAGAGAAGACACUCUAGAGAAAUGGUUUCACAUGUGGAACAAAACCAAGGAAGACUAUGAGAAGGCUGUGAUGAACUUCAUAAACUCCUGUGCAGGGUGGUGUGUGGCCACCUUCAUUCUGGGGAUCUGUGACCGCCACAAUGACAACAUCAUGUUGAAACACAGCGGACACAUGUUCCAUAUCGACUUUGGUAAGAUCAUGGGCAAUGCGCAGAAGUUUGGAACCUUUAAGAGAGACCGAUCCCCAUUCAUCUUUACGUCUGAGAUGCAACACUUCAUCACAGGCGGGGGGCAGAAGCCUCAAAGGCUGCAUCGCUUUGUGGAAGUCUGCUGUGAAGCUUACAACAUAGUCAGGAAGCGUUCUGCACUGAUACUCAGCCUGUUGGAGCUGAUGUUACAUGCAGGAAUGCCAGAACUUAAGGACUCUAAUGACCUGCAGUAUGUCCAGAACAACCUCAGACCUCAUGACACAGACCUGGAGGCCACAUCCUACUUUACAAAGAAGAUCAAGGAAAGCAUGGGCUGUGUUGCAGUCAAGUUUAACUUCUUGACACACGCCAUGGCUCAAGGGAAGAAACCACAGCCCCUGUCCCAGGACGGCAUCCCCGCUCCGAGCACAAAUAUCCAAGAAGCCAUCAUCCAGGGGUACACCGUCAGGUCAAAGGACGUGAUCUAUGACCUGAGGGUAACCAUUCAUGAUGGUUUUCUGACAAGUGAGAAGACAUACGGGCAGUUUGAGCUGAUCCAUAAGCAGCUGCAGAAAUACUUCAUUGAAUCUAAGCUGCCUCAGUUUCCUACAUGGUAUCAGAUGUCAUUCACCCCAUCCAGGAGGAUGUUUCUACUAAAUAAAUACCUCAAACAGCUUUUUGAGGGGCCUUGCAAGGGAAAUGAAUAUGUGUGCAGCUUGUUUCUUGAUGGCCCCAACAUCGUUCAAGAAAGUGUAGCUGCAGGAGUUUGUCCUCAGAUUCAGCUUUACAUUUCUUACUCAGACGCCAAGCUCUCAGUUCUGGUAAAACACUUGAAAAACAUUAAACUAGCAAACGGUUCAAACCCUGAUGCCUACGUGGUCACACAUCUGAGACCGGACCCUCAGCAGCGCUCCAAGAAGAAGACGAAGGUGGUCCGCAAUCAUGAUAACCCCACCUUCAAUGAGCUGCUGGAGUACAAUAAUGUCCACAUGCUGUAUGGGAUGGUGCUGGAAGUGACCGUAAAGAGCAAGAAGAACUUUGUAGCUGCCACAAACAUUAAACUGGAGAAGGAGCUGCUUGACAAGGAGACAUGGUUUCCACUGGGGAACUGUGCAAUCUGACCUUAGGGAGGUGCACUGCAAGCUUCCUGCCUGCAGAGGGGGCAACAACACCAGUCCAAUAAUGUUGUACUGCAUGAGUGAGAGAGAUGAAUUCAGCUGAGUAGAGGAACUACACACUGUGAUUAAAACCUAUUUAUGAGAUAAAACUUUUGCCCAAUCCAGAGCUGAAGAAGCCCAGUGUGGAUGAGGGAUUUGGAUGACGUUACAAGUCUGAGAAAAGGACUCAGAGGAAGCUGUUUACUGUGUGAAACAUCUUUCAAAGCAUGCCUACUAGUGAAUAUUGAUCAAAUUAAGAACAUUUACAGCCACUCAGAUAGAUGGUGCCACUUGAUGGUGGAUGAAGGAGAAACCCUGUUUGUUUUAACAUAUUUGCACUUUCAUUUGUACUUUGUUUUAUUCACCGUGCAUCCAUCCAUUCCUUGUAAAGGUGUGUUUAAGACUACAGAUGUGACAGAUCAAAGAGGAGGUGAUGCCCUCCUGCUAAAAGCUGCAUAUCUACCCAUACUAAGUGUGUUUGUCCCUUUGGGCCGUGUCCACCGGAUGCCCUUGACCAGUGAAAUUGGAGGUGGGAGACAGGAGAAGGGUGAGGUGAGUGGGGGACAUGGGUGAGCAGAGUGUGUGAGCAGGAUGACAACUCUCUCUCUCUGGCCUGAGGGCCUGAGUUAACACUACCCCCCCUCGCUUCAUCCUUUGUCUUAUCCAUCAGUGGCAUUCAAGCACAGUUAUGCACAUGCAUGCACAAACAGGCAGGGGCAGACACUCACCUGCCCACACUAAAAAAAACCCAGAAAAAGCUCCUCCACACUCGCACAGUCUUUCUAAGGCUAAAACAGGUCCUCAUGUUAUCUUAAUGCCUUACUCCUCCUGUCAGGCCUGCUGACCCAUACUCUCCUCUGCCUCAUUCACAGGAUUUAGUGAGGAUAGAAAUAGACUGCUCUGCACUGGACUCGGUUCAAUUAUGAAUAUGUCUGCAGAUAGUAUUUACAUUAUGCCCUGCUAAGGCUUUCACAGGGAGGCAGACUUGGCUGCUGCUCUUUCAUAGUAGCACUCAUGGACUAUUUAUGUAUCCUGGCAUCACCCAUCAGUUUUAGUUCCUGGUAGAAAAAAUCAAAAGCAACAUUUUGAAUAGAUGAUUAAUGCUAAAACACUACUACAUCUUGUGUUUGGAUAAUAGACUCUCCUACAAUAAUGGCACUAGCAUCAAUUAUUAAUUCUAUUAUAAGAGUCUAAAAUCCCACUCAAGGGAUUUCUCCAUUUCUUUAGGGAUGCAUGCAGAGUUAUUCAUGAAAGAAUCCUUUAAGUUCUGCUGGAGCCUUCUUUUCCUUUGCAACA